AUGUUUAGACAAGCACUUCGUCAAGUAGCUAAACAAUCAUCAGUUGUUAGAAGAACAUAUGCUACAGAAGCAGCAAGUACACCAUCCGAUGCAUUAAAAUUAUCAUUAGCUUUACCUUUUCAAACUUUAUACACUGAUUCAGAAGUUGAACAAGUUAAUUUACCAUCAAUUAAUGGUGAUUUAGGUAUUUUAGCUAAUCAUAUUCCAAUUGUUGAACAAUUAAGACCAGGUUUAUUAGAAAUUAUUUCAAAAGGUGGUGAAACUGAACAAUAUUUUGUUUCUGGUGGUAUUGCGAUGGUUCAGCCAGGUAAUAAAUUAACAAUAAGUGCAAUUGAAGCUUUUAAACCAGAUCAAAUUGAUUUAAAUACCGUUAAAAAUUUGAUAGUUGAUGCUCAAAAAAGAGCAGAUUCUCAAGAUGAAGUUGUUGCUGCUGAAGCUAACAUUGAAUUAGAAGUUUUACAAGCUUUACAACUUGUAGCUAAAUAA